AUGGACCAAAGAGCCUUCGAACCAUUCAAGGGCCAUCCAGGAAUCAUCUACGCUGUUGCAUACUCGCCCAACGGAGCGUUCAUUGCUACCUGCGAAGGGGACAGGACAAUACGAAUAUGGGAGGCGAACACAGGUCGUCAAGUCGGGGAACCAUUGGAAGGGCACGAGCAUUGGGUUCUUGCCAUCGCUUACUCACCUGACGGUCAGCGCCUGGUUAGCUGCUCCAUCGACGAGACCAUUCGAGUAUGGGACACAUCCACGCACCAGACCGCCAUGGGUCCACUGGAGGGCCACACGAGCUGGGUUCGCGCCGUGAAGUAUUCCCCAGAUGGUGUACAUAUUGCAAGUGGUGGCAAAGACUGGCUUCUGAAGAUAUGGAAUGCGUCUGAGGGUGACUGUCUUGCGACGCUGAAGCAUCCCGACGAAGUGAUAUCUGUGGCCUUCUCUCAAGACAGCAAGCGUAUUGUAACUGGAUGCCAGGAUCAGAUAGUGCGCAUUUACAACGUCAAUCAACGUCAGCUUGUUCGCGAGCUCACCGGACACCGAGCAUGCGUUCGAUGCGUUCAGUACUCCACAGAUGACUCUCUCAUUGCCAGCGCUUCAGAUGAUCACACUAUCCGGCUUUGGAACGCCUCGACAGGGGAACUUGACAAAGGGCCUCUUCGCGGCCAUAGACACUAUGUCUCUGGCGUAUCAUUUUCUCGUGAUGGUCAGCAGGUGGUCAGCUCAUCCGAGGACCAGUCCAUCCGCGUGUGGGACAUCGCGUCUGGAGAAUACGCUAGCUUCCGACCGUUCGAGGGGCAUUCCGGCGACAUCACUACUGUCGCUUACUCCCCCGACGGCGCAUUCCUCGCUACCGGCUCGCUCGAUAAGACCUUGCGGAUAUGGGAACCUGGAACAGGCCGCCAAAUCGGCGAGGCGCUCGAGGGACAUACAGGAGGGAUUGGUUCCAUCGCCUACUCUCCCGACGGGCAACACCUGGUCAGCGCCUCUCAAGACUACACCCUCCGAGUGUGGGACACGCAAACGGGUCGUCAAGUAGGACGUGCAUUGGCAGGGCAUUGUCAUGGAGUUCACGCCGUUGCUUAUUCUCCUGAUGGCCUUCGUUUAGUUAGCGGGUCCGAUGACGGGACCCUUCUUGUAUGGGACAUGCACACCCAAGAGACGGUCAUAGGGCCACUCGACGGCCACACGGGCCCGGUAAGGGCUGUGCAGUAUUCUCCGGACGGCGCACUUAUCGCAAGCGGCGCCGACGACGGCCUCUUAAAGUUCUGGGACGCCCGUACGGGGAACUGUCUUGUCGGGGUGCUCGCUGGUCAUCGGAGCCGCGUGCGAUGUGUCCAGUACUCUCCGGACGGCCUCCUUAUUGCUAGCGCUUCGGACGAUCAGACCAUCCGGCUUUGGAACUCCUGGACAGGAGACCCCAUCACAGGCCCUCUUCGUGGUCACAGGAACUGCGUCUCCAGCAUCUCAUUUUCUUAUGAUGGUCAGAAGCUAGUCAGCGCAUCGGAGGAUGAGUCUGUCCGAGUCUGGGAUGUAGCGUCAGGACAAUGUCUCCUCGGGCCACUAUAUGGACACAUGGAACCGGUCAUAGCAAUAUCCUGCUCUCUGGACAAGCACCGUUUCGCGUCUUCUGGUCACAACAGCCUACGCAUUUGGAACAUAAACGAUGGAACUUCGGCUCUUCCAUUGGUGAAUCAUUAUUCUUCUAGCUGUGUACCUCCGUUAUUUAUAGAUAUAAUAGGUCAACCCGGCGGCGAGCGAGGUCGCACAGAAAUACCUAUUGAAAGUUUACGCUCAAAUCAAGGCUAUAGCGUGGUUCUCGAAUGGCGAGUGCUUCGCGACCGCAGGGGGUGACCAUAUUGUCAGGAUAUGGGACGCGAGGACUGGUCAAGAGUCCGCAAAGCCUUUCGUUCGACACGACGGGCCGGUGAACAGUGUUGAUGUGUCAUGGGGUAGCGAGCUUCUGGCUAGUGGUGCAGACGACGCCCUGGUCUGCGUCUGGCACCUCGUCGCCCAGGAUGUAACCUUGGAUCCACUUCGUGGUCACUGCGGCCCUGUAUACGCCGUCAAAUUCCUUCCCGAUGGCAAGCGCCUGGUGUCCGCAGGUAAAGAUCAAACUAUUCGUGUAUGGAACGUUCAGUCGGGCGCAUCACUACAUGUCAUA